UUUCUAUCAAAAUAAUUAUAUUAAAUCGGUUGAUUGAUUAUUAAAUUAGGACUAUUAGUAAAAUCAUUGUUUGGAUGUUUGAUUUGUUUAAAAUUGAGGAUUUUGUAGUAUUGACGGUUUAUGUGACUAGGUCUGUGUAUGAAAUCAUUAGCUUUAGGAAUUGUGUUUUAAUUUUUGUACUAUGGAGUAUGGAGUUUCUCAAUUCCCUGUUUAGUGGGAAAGGGCUUUGGUUCUUGUUGGAUUUUCUUAAUUAAUAUUUUUUCUAUAGGUUGGAAUUAGAUUACUCUUGCAGAUUGUUGAUUUCAGUUUUUUUUCUUUUUGAUAUAUAACGUAGAUCGUUUACUGGUCUGAAUUUUGAUGUCCUUUAAGAAAUGCAAGUUCUGAUAUGACUGUUUUUGCAAUGUGUUGGCGAAAUUGUCGCUUUGACUCUGGGAAUCACACUUGUAUAACUGCAAUUAGGUUCUUGAGCGACUAAGCUACAUACAUGGAUAAAGAGGAAGAAGCCCCACAAAUCCCUCGGAGAACGACCAGGUCUUUAUAUUCAUCUUCAGCAUCCACUUCAAAUAUUGUACCUGCAGCAAAAGUAAGCAAUCUUGAAGCCCUAACAAUUAAUGACCUUUUAGUUGGAGGAGACCCUAUUAGCCUAGAUGAUAUAACUUCCAGUUUUCCUGGUAGAAGUAGCCAGAUUCAUGAGGUCGUGCGUCUUCUGGGACCUUUAAAUUCACCUUUACUUCCUUUGUUUGUGUAUGGAGGUGCUUCUACUGGAAAAACCAGUAUCAUUCUUCAAAUAUUCAGACAUCUCAAAAGGCCGCUUGUUUAUUCUAGUUGUAGGACGUGUUAUAACCAGCGUAUCUUGUUUGAAUCUGUUCUUAAUCAGUUACUUCUCCAUAGAAAAAACAUGGCCAAUUCUUAUACAAAUGCAAAGCGCUGUGAAAGACCGUCUGAUUUUGUCAAUUUUCUCCGUGAAGCAUUGACCGGCAUUGUAAACAAUCUGAAGGAGAAAUCAGAGAAGUUAAUCUCUGAAAAGAAGACUCAUGAUGGGGGAAUGGGAAAUAUGAUCUAUUUGGUAUUUGACAAUUUUCAUCUUGUUAGAGAGUGGGAUAAAAGUUCGACUAUAUUGCCGUUACUGUUUAAUCUCUAUGACAUGCUAAAGAUUCCCGAGGUGAGUUUGAUUUUCAUCAGCAGUACUUCACCGGAUACAUUUUACUCUAACAUGGGUUAUGUGGAACCUAUCCCCAUUUACUUUCCUGAUUACACAGAAGGUGAUAUUCGUCAAAUAUUAUUGAGAAAUCAAGCGAACCAGAAGUUGUAUUCCUCAUUUCUCGAUGUAGCUCUGAAACCUUUCUGUAGAAUUACUAGGCAGGUUGGUGAAUUGGCUACUGCCUUAAAGCCACUAUAUGAACAAUAUUGUGAACCUUUAAGUGAUAAGGGAAAAGGAGUUCUCCCUAGUGAAGACAUGAAGCGGCGGCUAUUCAAUCAUAUCAAGCCUCAUAUUGCCUCCUCUCUGAAUGAUGUAUUUAAGGUUUCAUCUCCUUCUUCACGUGAAGUUGAGACCAGUAAAGAGACAAAGCUUAAGGGGAAUCCGAAGAGAUCGGAGGAAAUAGCUGACCUUGAUUUUCAUAUGUCUACUAGUGCAAAGUAUCUUCUUAUUUCUGCAUUUCUUGCCUCCAGAAACCCUGCUACUCUUGAUGCUUCACUUUUUGAUUCCAAAGGUGGUUCUGAUAAUCGAAAGCGAAAGAGGAAGGCCUCUGAGAAAGCGCUCGAAAAGAAGGAACUUUUAGAAGAGGAACUACUAAUGAAAGGACCUGGAACUUUCCCAUUGGAGAGGUUGAUAGCCAUCUUUCAGUGUAUUGUAUCAGUUGCGGAUGAACCAUCUGAUGAGGACGAACAAAACAAUGAAGAAUUAGGAGCUCAAUGUGGCAAUGGUUCACUGAUGUCUGACGUUCUUUUGCAGCUAUCCACUCUCUGCAAUGCUAAUUUUAUUUUCAAAGGAAAAAGCUGUCCAAUUGAAGGCUCGACUCGGUAUCGAUCAACUAUAUCUGAAAACAUGGCCUUAAAGCAGGUUGCAAGGAGCCUUAAGUUCCCAUUGUCAAAGUAUUUGUACAGAAGUUAGUAAUCUUUGACAAUGACAGCUUCACAGAACUUGGUUGUCAAUUUUUCUUCUUCUGAUAGAUCUACCAAGAGCUGGAUACAAUCUUCACUGUGAUCUACAGUUAUUAACAUGAAAUGGAUGGAAUACUAAGGAUGUUUGGAACCAAGACAUCGGUAGAAUGGAUAAUUAUGACCAUUGCAGUCCAUUGGAUAGGUGGAAUGUGUAUUUUCUAGGAUUUGAUCCUGAAAUCAUGUUGCCUUUAGCUGAUAAAAUUUGUAAUAUGGCACACAAUUUGUGCUCUUGCCAAACUUCAUAUUAACACUGUUGAUGUUCUAAAAAAAAUGUCCUAGGUUUGAUGGAAGUUUAGUGGUGAGAAUAGACUUUUCUUGCUGACAUA